CGGCUGAUUUCCGUUUCCUUUGCCCGAGCUCCAGCAGUGAAGUGUGAAGAUGGCGGCGGCUGAAACUGAUCGUGAAGUCCCGUCCGCUCUCUGCAGCGAAUUUCUUCAAUUCUCAGCGAAGGACACCGCUGCGAAAUGGCUGCAGGCAAACGAUCUGCCCAAAGAGGUCUACCAGCACCUGGCUCGCUAUGUGCCCAAGAUCUACUGCUUAGGGCCCAACCUGAACCCUCAAAGUGAAGACCUCCUGGCCCAGCUGCUACUCCAGGCCCCGCUAGAGUGGUACUUAUGCGGGGAAGAGCCAUCAACUGGCCUGGCCAAGCUAGAGCAAAACAACCAGCCAUCUCAGCUCUGUGGUCAUGUCUUUAAAGUUGGGGAGCCCACAUACUCCUGCAGGGAAUGUGCAGCAGACCCGACCUGCGUGUUAUGCAUGCAGUGUUUUUUAGGCAGCGUGCACAAAGAGCACCGUUACAGGAUGACAACCUCUGGGGGAGGGGGCUUCUGUGAUUGUGGUGAUACCGAAGCCUGGAAAAAGGGUCCUUACUGUCAGAAACACGAGCCCAACAUCAGUGACUCCUUACAGGAGGAUCCGCUUGCCAAUCUCUCUGCAGACAUGAUUGCACGCACAUAUAAUAUCUUUUCCAUCAUCCUGAAAUAUGCUGUAGACAUGCUCACUUGGGACAAGGAAGAUGAACUCCCUCAGGGACUUGAACCACCGGAGCGUGGAGAUACUUAUUACUGCAUGCUGUUCAACGACGAGGUUCACACUUACGAGCAGGUCAUAUACACACUACAGAAAGCGGUCAACUGCACACAGAAAGAAGCCGUCAGCUUUGCCACGACAGUGGACCGAGAUGGGCGGAAGUCUGUGCGAUUUGGGGAUUUUCAGUUCUGUGAACAGGCCAAGUCUGUUAUUGUGCGAAAUACAAGUCGUCAGACGAAGCCACUCCGGGUUCAGGUUAUGCACUCCUCAGUGGUGGCUCACCAGUGCUUCGCUCUCAAAGCCCUCGCCUGGCUUGGACAUAUCAUCAGAUACUCAGAUGCCCUGAGGAGGAUUCUGUGCCAGGUGGGGCUGCAGAAAGGUCCUGAAGGAGAGAACUCGUCACUAGUGGACACACUCAUGCUCUGUGACUCCAAAAUGUGGAAAGGUGCAAGAAAUGUAUACCACCAGCUGUUUAUGAGCAGUCUUCUGAUGGAUCUAAAAUAUAAGAAGCUAUUUGCUAUUCAGUUUGCAAAGAAUUACCAGCGCCUCCAGACAGAUUUUAUGGAGGAUGAUCACGAGCGAUUAGUGUCAGUGACCUCUCUGUCAGUGCAGCUCUUCACCGUCCCCACCAUGGCGCGGAUGCUGAUCACAGAGGAGAAUCUGAUGACCACCAUCAUUCGCACUUUCGUAGAUCAUCUGAGACAUCGAGACCUGCAGGGACGAUUUCAGUUUGAACGCUACACUGCACAGCAAGCCUUUAAAUUCCGCAGAGUCCAGAGCCUUAUAGGAGACCUCAAAUAUGUCCUGAUUAGCUGUCCAACAGAGUGGACAGACAAACUCAGGGAGAAGUUUCUGGAAGGACUAGAUGGUUUCCUGGAGCUGCUUAAGUGUAUGCAGGGUAUGGACCCAGUCGUACGGCAGGUGGGCCAGCACAUUGAGAUGGAGCCAGAAUGGGAAGCAGCCUUUACUUUACAGAUGAAGCUCACACACAUCAUCUCAAUGAUGCAGGAGUGGUGUGCCAGUGAUGAGAGAGUGCUGAUUGAAGCCUAUAAAAAGUGCCUGACAGCGCUGACUCACUGCCACAGCGGCUUUACAGACGGAGAGCAGCCCAUCACUCUGAGCAUGUGUGGCCACUCUGUGGAUACUAUUCGCUACUGUGUGUCCCAGGAAAAAGUCAGCAUCCACCUCCCUGUGUCCAGACUGCUGGCAGGACUUCAUGUUCUUCUCAGCAAGACAGAAGUAGCUUACAGAUUUCCUGAGCAGCUGCCUCUGAGUGAACUGAGUCCCCCCAUGCUGAUAGAACAUCCACUUCGCUGCCUGGUUCUCUGUGCCCAAGUGCAUGCUGGGAUGUGGAGGCGAAAUGGCUUCUCAUUAGUCAACCAGAUCUACUACUACCACAAUGUGAAGUGUAGAGUCGAGAUGUUCGAUAAGGACCUCAUGAUGCUACAGGCUGGAGCCUCCAUGAUGGAUCCUAACCACUUCCUGAUGAUUGUGCUUAGUCGAUUUGAGCUCUUUCAUAUCUUCAGUUCUGCAGACUGUAGGAAAAGAUACAACAGAGAGAAUGCUAACAAGGAUGUGGUCCAGCAGAACAGCACUUUGAUUGAGGAGAUGUUGCAUCUCAUCAUGAUGGUUGUGGGUGAGAGGUUUGCGUCAGGCAUCGGGCAAGUGGAGAACAGCGAUGAGUUAAAGAGAGAGAUCGUUCAUCAGCUUUGUAUUCGGCCCAUGGCCCACAGUGAGCUGGUCAAAGCCUUGCCUGAGAAUGAGAAUAAGGAGACUGGCAUGGAGCGAGUUAUUGACAGUGUUGCUUCCUUUAAGAAGCCAGGAGUGACUGGCAGAGGGCUGUAUGAACUUCGGCCAGAAUGUGCUAAGCAGUUCAACCUCUACUUCUACCACUACUCUAGAGCUGACCAGUCCAAGGCAGAAGAAGCGCAGCGGAAACUGAAGAGACAGAAUGGAGAGGACUCUGCUUUGCCGCCUCCGGCGCUGCCUCCGUUCUGCCCACUGUUUGCCAGCUUGGUGAACAUCCUGCAGUGUGAUGUGCUGCUGGGCAUGCUGGGAGCUGUGCUGCAGUGGGCUGUGGAGCCCAGUGGAGGACACUGGUCUGAGUCAAUGCUGCAGAGGGUGCUGCACUUGAUAGGCAUGGCUCUGUUGGAGGAACAGCAGCAACUAGAGAGCAGCUGUGAAGACAAUGAAGUCACCUUCAACUUCACGCUCAAAAUCUCUCGCCCUGGUGAAGCUCCUAGCAACACUCCCAGUGUUUUGGCUCUGCUGGAGACCUUGCAGAAUGCUCCUCACCUAGAAGUGCAUAAAGAUAUCAUCCGCUGGAUUCUAAAGAUGGUGGUCAACAUUAAGACCAUGCGGGAGCGCACUGCCGCUGCGCCUUCCCCUGAAGGAAGUGGUCACUGCCAAGAAGAGACGGUGCGGGAUAAGGAUAAAGCAGAGAGGAAGAGGAAGGCUGAAAUGGCGAGACUGCGCAGAGAGAAGAUCAUGGCUCAGAUGUCAGAGAUGCAGAGACACUUUAUCAAUGAGAACAAGGAGCUGUUUCAGCAAAGCUUAGAAGAGCUGGAUGCCUCUACCUCCACAUCACAAGACCACAGCCCCAGUUCAUGGGAUAGCGCCCUGGUGUGUGUGGGGCCUCGGCGGUGGCGUGCAGGUGGAGGAGAAAGGAGGCAGGUGGUGACGUGCAUCUUGUGUCAAGAGGAGCAGGAGAUCCGAUCUGAUGGCAGAGCCAUGGUGCUUGCUGCCUUCGUCCAGCGCUCCACAGUUAUGUCUAAAAACCGCAGGAGACCCCCACACAACCCGGAGAGCUACGAUCCCCUCUUCAUGCAUCCUGACUUGUCCUUCGGCACGCACACGGGCAGCUGUGGACACAUCAUGCACUCUCACUGCUGGCAAAGGUACUUUGAGGCAGUGCAGGCUAAAGAGCAGCGGAGACAGCAGAGACUGCGAGUACACACCAGUUAUGAUGUAGAAAAUGGGGAGUUUUUGUGUCCACUUUGCGAAUGUCUCAGCAACACAGUCAUUCCCCUCCUGCCCCUCGCUAAGACCUCAUGCAGUAGUGAGCAGCCUGGUUUGUCGCAGUGGUUGAAUACUACCUCUCAGCAGAUCAAAACCUUGCACGCUGCUCAUCGGAAGGCCAAAUCUGCAACAGCGGGUGAGACACAAACUCUGGAAGAUUCACCUCCCCCUGAGGGCUUCAGACUGGACCACACUCCAGUGAACCCGUACUCAAGCUCCAUAAAGGAGAUGCUGACCACGUUUGGAACGGCAACGUAUAAAGUUGGCCUUAAGGUGCACCCAAACGAACAGGACCCACGUGUGCCUAUCAUGUGCUGGGGCAGCUGUGCCUACACCAUCCAGUCAAUAGAGAGAUUACUGGUAGAUGAGGAAAAGCCUUUGUUUGGAAGUUUACCCUGCAGACAGGAUGACUGUUUAAGUUCCCUGGCCCGGUUUGGCUCUGCAUGCUGGACUGUGUCUUGUCUCUCUACAGUACAGACUCACUUUAUUCGACUGUUAGCAGCCCUGGUUCCUAAUCCCCAGGUGGAGAACUCUCCCUGCCUUUUGGAUGUGGACAUGUUUCACCUGCUGGUGAGCUUGGUGCUAUCUUACUCAGCGGUGCACUGCCUGGACUCCUCAGGCCUGAGUGUUGAUGCUGCUCAGCUACAUUUUUUUCACCUUGUCACUGUGGCUCACCUGGUGCAGAUCCUCCUCACUUCUGUGCCUGUGGAACUGACCAUGGAUCAGGAGAGUGGAGGAGUGGAGCGAGAGGAAGAGGAGGGUGUCUGUCUCUUCUAUAACAUUCUGAAAACUCAUCUUGGCAGUUCUCUGCCUGAGAUGAGUUCAGGGUGGCACCUCUGGCGUUGUGUAAAGGCAAGCAUCCUGCCCUACCUGAGAGGAGCAGCUCUUUUCUUCCACCAUCUCAACGGAGUGCCCACUCCCCCAGAGCUGCAUGCUUUAGGUGCAGGUGAAUGGGAGGCGCUGUGUACAUACCUGUGUUUGCCUUCCAACCUACUGCAGCUGUAUUAUAACUAUCAAGAUGUUUUGAAGCCUCUGGUUAAGGGGUGGUGCUCUCAUCCAGGCAUGCGUCAGUGCCUCCAGUCUCCUGAGACUCUUAUAAGUUUUCCUAGAGAGUCUAAUAAGCUUAUUGAGCUGCCAGAGGACUACAGUGCCCUCAUCAACCAAGCCUCCAGUUUCACGUGUCCUAAGUCAGGAGGGGACAAGUCUCGUGCACCGACACUGUGCCUAGUUUGUGGCACAAUGCUGUGCUCUCAGAGCUACUGCUGCCAGACUGAACUGGAGGGAGAGGACGUGGGAGCCUGCACUGCACACACUUUCGCCUGUGGAGCUGGUGUCGGCCUUUUCCUCAGGGUGAGGGAGAGUCAGGUUCUGUUAUUGGCUGGGAAAACUAAGGGCUGCUUUUAUGCUCCCCCAUACUUGGAUGAUUAUGGGGAAACUGACCAAGGGCUCAGACGGGGAAACCCCUUGCACCUGUGCCGUGAGCGCUACAGAAAAAUCCAGAAGCUCUGGCGCCAGCACAGCAUCACAGAGGAGAUCGGUCACGCCCAGGAAGCAAACCAGACUCUGGUGGGCAUCGACUGGCAACACCUGUGAUGUCUCUCAGAACUGGACCCAGAACUGUUCUGCUAACGCCAACCUGGGUUUCUGCACAUUUACAGCAGAGGUUGCCUCGGCAACACCGCUUCUUGCACACUCCUUUCUGAUUUCCUGUAAUAGACAGUGGAUGAAUGCAUGACUUCUUCUUCUUCUUUUUUUUCUGUCUCAUUUAGGAGGUGAUUUUCCUCCCGUUUUGUUUCUCAUUUGAUAUAAACAAAUAUUUAAAAAGGUUAUAAUAAAAAACAAAAACACAUAUAGCCAAGGUAUUUAACUGCCUGCAGAGGGUUCUCUUGCAAUAUGAGUUUUCAGAGUAGCUCCUCCAUAGGAAUGCUAUUUAAUUUGUUUGUCCCAGAUGCUAUUAAAUUAUUUUUAAGCUAGUCAAACAUAAAAUGAUUUGAUUUAUUGAACAGGUCUCCAGUUGCAUUAAUGCGAAAUAACGCUGGUGUUCUCUUUGCAAGCACGAUGUUCCUCCAGGACCUUCGGGUCUCAAUAGUAGCCAUAAUGGAAUGGCGCCAUCUUCAGGCCGUACAGACCUGCAGCUCCUCUCCUCCUCCCCGUUCCUGGUCACUGCAAUAUCUCUGCUAAGGGCACCCAGCUACAGAAUGCUCUGUAAAGUGAAUUUGAACUGUUGUGUGGAAAUCUGGGAGCACACAAACCGUGCUGGUGUGUGUGUCCCGUGAGUGCCUGCGUCGUCUGGAUUUGUGCGCUUGCACAUGGAGAGAUUGUUUUUAAUGUAUGCGUGUGUGUUUGUGUGUGUGUGGCUGGUGUGAAUCCGGUGUGAUGGAUUUCUAUGGUUGUCUGUUUACGUGAAUUUGAUAUUUUUGCAGCACCAGUGUUUUUCACCCCUCUUUUGUAAUGUGUUAUUUAUGUGUAUCUUUAUGUGUAACGUAAGGGGUGGAACAUUUUUUCUCUCAGCUGAUCUCAGUUUUGGGGGGAAAAAAGCUUCUGGAUUUUGCUUUUGUGCUUGAGGAGCUUAUUUCACAUAUUGACUUUGCUGAAGUUUGUGUAGUUUUUCUUUCUCAGACCCAAAUCUGGCAGUUUUAAUUGUUGUUUUGUCAAUUUGAUAAAUCAUAUCCCACCAAAUUCUUCAAUUAUAUUCUAUAAUACACAGACAGACUAAUAGAUGAACCCUGAUUGGCCCUGUGAUCGACACUCCACCACAUCUCAACAUCAUGUUCAAAGCUGCUAAUAUCCUUGUGUGAAGUGGAUAAAAAAAAAAAAAAGAAUUUUCAGAAUUUAGUUAAAUCAUGUUUUUAUAAUGUUUAAAUGCCCGUUUUUGCAUAUCCUUUGUUAUCUUAAAUGAGCUUUGAGUUUACGUAACAGGCCACAUGCAGAAUGUAAAAUGUUGCAUUCUUUGUUUUUCACAAGAAUCAGAAGCAUUAAAAAUCAAUUUUACAGUAGUUUUCUUUUUUUUUUAUUAUUCUUUUUUUUUUUAUUAUUUAAUUUCCCCCAUUUUUUUGCCCACGCAUCUAAAACAGUGCUUUAGGCUUGCAGGGUGACACUUAACAUUAUGUUGAAAAGUGGUGGAUUAGAGGAUGGUUAUCACCUGGUGCACACACACACACACACACCACACACAUACAUACACAUAGAGACACAUGCACACACGCAAACACACAAGCGCAGCUCAUCAGGGUUCCCUGGGUUUCCAGGCCUCUCACAGUAAGCAUGUUUCCUGACACACUUCUGGUGUUUAACAGCUGGUAUAAAAACAUCAGGCGUACUUGUUAAUAUGUGAAUUACUGUAUAAAUGGGUACCUUGUAUUAUAUUGUAAAACAAAAAUUAAAUAAAUAAGAAAAAGCUACAA